AUGGCAGCGGCUAUUGCCAGCGGUUUGAUCCGGCAAAAGAGACAGGCACGGGAGCAACAUCAAGACCGACCCUCGACUAACAGGAGAAGGAAAAGCCCCAGCAAGAAUAAAGGGCUCUGUAAUGGAAACCUGGUGGACAUCUUCUCGAAAGUGAGGAUCUUCGGCCUCAGAAAGCGGAGGCUACGGCGACAAGAUCCCCAGCUCAAGGGUAUUGUAACCAGGUUAUAUUGCAGGCAGGGCUACUACUUGCAAAUGAACCCAGAUGGAUCUCUGGAUGGGACCAAGGAUGACAGCAGUAAUUCUUCUUUGUUUAACCUCAUCCCUGUGGGUCUGCGAGUUGUCGCCAUUCAGUCGGUGAAGACAGGCUUAUACAUCGCCAUGAAUGGGGAAGGCCAUCUCUACACAUCGGAGCUCUUUACGGCGGAGUGCAAGUUCAAAGAGUCGGUGUUUGAAAACUACUAUGUCAUCUACUCGUCCAUGCUGUACCGGCAGCAGGAGUCGGGCCGCGCCUGGUUCCUGGGGCUCAACAAGGAGGGCCAGGCCAUGAAGGGGAACCGCGUCAAGAAGACCAAACCAGCUGCUCACUUUCUACCCAAGCCAUUAGAAGUUGCUAUGUACAGAGAGCCAUCGUUGCAUGACAUAGGGGAGACGGUUCAGAAGCCCCCAGCCGCCGCUGCCGGCGCUCCCCCCAGCAAAAGCACAACGGAGCCGGCCGUGAUGAACGGAGGGAAGCCCGUCAGCAAGCCCACCACCACCACCACCACCACCAACCCAGCAGCAGGAGGGGCAGCCUCCUCCGCAGCCACAGGAGCAGCAGGGGCAGCAGCAGCCACCACCACCACCACGGCUGCUAUGCCGGCCACCCCCACCCCUACCCCUGCCCCUGGCUCAUGUUCCGCGCCUGGUCCCAUACCCACAGCAGCCCCCACUACCACCUCCACCCCCAUCACAGCUGCCUCCAGGCCUGCCACAUAG